AGCCUCUGGGUUCUCUCCUGUUCCGUGAGCAUGGCCCGUCCCGCUCCACUCCGGAGCGUUUCGUGCUGUCCUGGCUGGGGGUGAGCCCUGGGUUCUGGCUGCGUGCCCGGGGGCUGACCCCGCAGCACCUUCCCGGGCCGGCUGGGGGGGGCAUCGCCUCCAGGUGCCACCUCCCUGACUGACAGGAGCCGAGUGGCGCAGGUGAUGAAGUGGAACCCCAGAGCCAAAAACAGGGUCCCGGGCCGGGUACUGGAGGUCCCUGAGCCUGGCUGCUGGCCAGACCCCACGGUCUCUGAGCCGGUGUCUCCGUGUGACCCUGGUUGGACCAGGAACCUUCCUGCUGGAAACGUGCAGUGACAGCUCCUCACACUACAGUGUGACAGUUUCCUCCGCCCUUCGCUUCUGCCAUGCUUUCUGAGGCCCGCUCUGGUCCGACGCCCGCGCUGGGUGGAAGGGACCCGGGUUUGCUCAUGAGGACAAGAGGGGUCCCAUGUGCUGCGUGGAAGCAGCACAGCGGGCAUGGCCGGCCCCUGCCCGGCCAGCCUGCGCGGCAGCACACCCUCCCUUGGCCAGUCAUGCCCGUCUGAGAGUCCUGUUCUCCAGGAAGGGGACGGUGAGACAGCACCUGACUCGCUCAGUAUUGGAGGGAUGGGAGGGGGCAUGAGAAAUACGCCCGGCACACAGGGUGGUCGCCACCUCGUCACGUUCCCCUGCCCAGGCCGCCCUGCCUGCUGUUGCCCUACUAAGGGGCAGCCAGUGUUUUUCCGUGACCCUCCCUAGCCAUUAAGGGCAGAGCUGAGUCACUGCUUUACCAGACACGGACUUGGAGCUCUUCCUGCUGCCGUUGGCCCAGGUGUGGGGGAGACCGGGCGGCAGCAGGACCGCCCGCCAGCGUCGUGGGCCCUUCCACCCCUCGCCGCCAGCCGGAGGUCAGCUGCCCUGUAAAGGGUGGGGAAACUAAAAGAGGAGUUUUCAAAGUGUCCACUCUUCUGUCUGCACAAGCUUCCCAGGUGCAGAACCACCCCCUUCUCCCCUCGGGAGCUCUUCCAGUCCUGCCAUGGAGGUGUUGUGGUUACCCCCAUUUCACAGGGGGGUGAAGGCAAGUCAGGCUUCAGGCAGGCUCUCUGUCCUCAGCCUCACUCCGUCCCCUGGGGAUUUGGAGUACUGGGGUGGAAGCCUGAGGUCUUAGCCUCCUUCCGGUCCUAAACUGGACAAAGCAGUAGCCUCCCCAGACCCAUCUUGAGGACAAAGGAGAACCCAAUGCCCCUUGUCACGGGUGCCUUGUCCUCCAUGUGACCCCUGGUUUGCUCCACCCUGGGCUGUCUGCCUCCAGCCUUCGCUCUUGCUCUUCCCUCUGCCUGGAGUCCCUUUCCAUCUUCACCACACAGCCUCAUGUUUAAAUCUUCCGCUUCUUCAAAGCUGGCCUCUGAUGACGGUUCCUCAUCCAUGAGUCUUCCCGGGCCCUCCAGGCCCCAGAGCAAUUUACCUGAUAUUCUUCAGGUGGCCCAGACCUUACUCGGCCAUCAGCUCCCUGGGCAAGGCCACGAGUGUCAUCCUCAUGCCGCCACGGGGCAGGUCCUGCCCAGUGCACAAAAGCUGCCUGCGCCUACGGAAAGUUUUCGAUGCUGGGGAAGUGUUUGGGAUCAUGCAAGUGGAAGAAGUGGAGGAGGAGGAGGAGGAGGAGGAGGCAGCCCAGGAGGCGCGGAAGAGGCAGCCCAACCCCGGGAGUGAGCUGUGCUACAAGGUCAUCGUGACCAGGGAGAGCGGGCUCCAGGAGGCUGACCCCAACAGCAUCUUCCUCAUCGACCACGCCUGGACGUGUCGCGUGGAGCACGCACGCCAGCAGCUGCUGCAGGUGCCCGGGCUGCUGCACCGCAUGGCCAACCUGAUGGGCGUCGAGUUCCACGGCGAGCUGCCCAGUGCGGAGGCUGUGAGCCUGGUGCUGGAGGAGAUGUGGAAGUUCAACCAGACCUACCAGCUGGCCCAGGGGACAGCCGAGGACAGGGUGCCGGUGUGGUACAUCAUGGACGAGUUCGGCUCGCGGAUCCAGCACGCGGACGUGCCCAGCUUUGCCACGGCCCCCUUCUUCUACAUGCCCCAGCAGGUGGCCUACACGCUGCUGUGGCCCCUGAGGGACGUAGACACGGGCGAGGAGGUGACCCGGGACUUUGCCUACGGAGAGACAGACCCCCUGAUGCGGAGGUGCAUGCUGCUGCCCUGGGCCCCCACCGCCAUGCUGGACAUCAGCUCCUGCACGCCGGAGCCGCCCGCUGAGCACUACCAGGCCAUUCUGAAGGAAAACAAGGAGAAGCUGCCCCUUGCCGUCAGCCCAGCGGUGUACCCCGACAACCACGUCUUCAAGGUCUACACGGACAUGCAGCAGGUGGCCAGCAGCCUCACCCACCCGCGCUUCACCCUCACCCAGAGCGAGGCAGACGCCGACAUCCUCUUCAGCUUCUCGCACUUCAAGGACUUCAGGAAACUCAGCCAGGAGAGGCCGGGCGUGCUGCUGAACCAGUUCCCCUGCGAGAACCUGCUGACCGUCAAGGACUGCCUGGCCUCCGUCGCGCGCCGGGCGGGCGGCCCCGAGGGCCCACCCUGGCUGCCCCGGACCUUCAACCUGCGCACUGAGCUGCCCCAGUUUGUCAGCUACUUCCAGCAGCGGGAAAGGGGGGGCGAGGACAACCACUGGAUCUGCAAGCCCUGGAACCUGGCACGCAGCCUGGACACCCACGUCACCAAGAACCUGCACAGCAUCAUCCGGCACCGAGAGAGCACCCCCAAGGUCGUGUCCAAGUACAUCGAGAGCCCCGUGCUGUUCCUCCGGGAAGACGUGGGAAAGGUCAAGUUCGACGUCCGCUACGUGGUGCUGCUGCGCUCCGUGAAGCCCCUGCGGCUGUUCGUCUACGAUGUCUUCUGGCUGCGGUUCUCCAACCGGGCCUUUGCACUCAACGACCUGGACGACUACGAGAAGCACUUCACGGUCAUGAACUACGACCCGGAUGUGGUGCUGAAGCAGGUGCACUGUGAAGACUUCAUCCCCGAGUUUCAGAAGCAAUACCCAGAAUUUCCCUGGACGGACGUCCAGGCUGAGAUUUUUCGGGCCUUCACGGAGCUGUUCCAGGUGGCCUGUGCCAAGCCACCACCCCUGGGCCUCUGCGACUACCCCUCCUCCCGGGCCAUGUAUGCCAUCGACCUCAUGCUGAAGUGGGACAGCCUUCCAGAUGGAAAGCCGGUGAUGCAGCCGCAGAUCCUGGAGGUGAACUUCAACCCUGACUGCGAACGAGCCUGCAGGUACCACCCCACCUUCUUCAACGACGUCUUCAGCACCUUGUUUCUGGACCAGCCCGGGGGCUGCCAUGUCACCCGCCUCGUCUAGACACUCAGCGUCCUGUGCUUGGGGCAGGACUCCAACCUCAGUUCUCGGAGCUGCUUCUGCAAAGGCCCCCACCUCCCUCCCCACACCGGCCCCGGGCACAGCCUCAGCCCCAGGCCUCUGUCCCGCUGAGCCUGGCUCCCGGCCUCAGAGUCCGGGAGCACAGCGUCCUCCUCCCCCCACGGGUCAAAGCAGGACAGGAUGGUGUCCCCGGGCUGCGCACUGCCCCAGGCCCCGUCCUCACCCCUCAGCACCAUCCGUGCGCUGAUGAGUCUCUGCGUGCCUGACGUGGAGCGUUUGUUCCCAGCUGCGUUUCCGGGGCUGCUGGGGGCAGGGUUCCACAGGGAAGGGUUUGGGAACCCUGUGUCACACGGGGCAGGCGGAUUUCACUUCCAGGGUCUCUGCUCUUGUGCAUCAGGAUGCUCCUGGGACGGGUGUGGGCCCCGCACGGCACCCACAGGGCUCUAUGUGACAAGUGCCCAGGAACAGCCUGAGGCCACCGCCCAGCAGGCUCGCCAUCCAGCUCCCCUGGACCCUUCACCAGCAAACCUCCCACUGAGGUCCCAGCAGGAGCCGCCAUCUUCUGCUACCGUUUCCUUUUCCGUUUACUGAGGGUCACAGACCCCGACAGGGAAGUCAGUCCCUGUCUUCCCAGGGGCUGCCCUGCUCGCCGGGCAGUCCUCAGGGUCCCCCGCCCUCGUCUGAGAUGCGCCAGGACCUUCCGGCGAUGGGGACCCGGGGCUGGGGCGGAUGGCGGACGGCAGAGCGCGAGGCUGAAAAGGAUUCCGAGGAGACCUUCGGAUUCAAGUCAGGUGCACCUCCCAGGAGCUACAGUCAACCUUGGCUUUUUCUUAUUUUUUAAUCUAUGGGAGAAAAAUGUAAAAUUCCAGUUCUUUUCUAAUUGUGCUUCUGAAAGUGGGAGUCAGCUGCCAGCGUUUUUGUUUGGCUACAGUGUGCCUGGGCCCAGCUCACGGGCAGUGGGUGGGCCUAACUCCCCAGGCAGGUGGGAGCUGCUUCCAGAACCUUCCAGCGCACAGGAGGGCGGGGCUAGGCAUGGCGGUGUCUCCUCUUUGAAAUUGAGAACAACCUUUCUUGCAGCAAAGCUGCACCCAACGAUGGUGCCCUCCCGGUGUUGUCUGGGCCCUUCGGGUGGGAGCCACGCUCUAGCCUCUGGGGGCCUGUUGCAGGGGCGGGGUGGGCCCAUCGCCCUUGGUGGCUCCUGGAGAGCUGCUGACAUGCGGUCCCCUCACUUGCUUCAUGCUGCAAUAAAGGCCGUCUUCUCUCUC